UUCAAAUAUUCGCGUCACGGAAGUUUCUCAAGGAAAUGUAGAGAGAAAUUCCGUGAUUUUAACUUAGAGAACCCCUCUAUCAAUCACCGGGCUACGCAAGCGCCGCGAGAUCUUCUGGUUAGAGUAUCCAUUUUGAUCACAUAACUCUACAAAACUUAACAUGGCUGAUAUCGAGGAUACUCAUUUCGAGACUGGAGACUCUGGUGCUUCAGUAACUUACCCUAUGCAAUGUUCAGCAUUGCGUAAAAAUGGGUUCGUUAUGUUGAAAGCUCGUCCAUGCAAAAUUGUAGAAAUGUCAACUUCCAAGACUGGCAAACACGGUCAUGCUAAAGUUCACCUUGUGGGAAUCGAUAUAUUUUCUUCGAAGAAGUAUGAAGAUAUCUGUCCCUCUACACACAACAUGGACGUUCCCUUUGUCAAGCGAGAAGAUUAUCAGCUAACAGACAUCUCAGACGAUGGAUAUCUGACUCUUAUGGCUGAUAACGGAGAUCUUCGUGAAGAUCUCAAGAUUCCCGAUGGUGAAUUGGGUAAUCAAUUGCGUUCUGAUUUCGAUUCAGGAAAAGAAUUACUGUGCACUGUAUUGAAAGCUUGUGGAGAAGAAGUGGUAAUUGCCAUCAAAACUAAUACUGCCCUUGACAAAUAAUUGUGUUCAGUUCCAGCAGUACACAAAUUUACCACCCACUUAGCUAUUCGUCAUCUAAAUAUUAUUGGUAAUAAAAAACCAAUAUAUUAUCAAUCAUCAGUAUCUCAACACUGGAAGAAAGAAUUAAUAAUUAUAAUAAUAAAAACAAUUUUCUAUAAAAACAACACCUUAAUUACUUACCAAGAGAUCAAAUGCUAAUUGGGUACUAUUUAUUAUCGAAAAAAAAAAAAAAUAAUAACAAUAAUAAUAA